UUCCAACUGGUUCCCGCCAACAUGAAGCGAAAAAUCGUGUUUAUGGAACAGGUGAAAAAAGAAUCGUCUGCUGUGACUUUCGUAUACGGUAUUCAAAUGAAAUGAAACAAAACGCGUCGCGCGAACAGCACGGCACACUGUGUGCAGAUGUGAUUAAUUUGUAGAAGUUUUCAUUUUUAUUUUUCCGUGUUUCUUUAGCUGUUUUGAAGGAUCAUUUUGCCGCAGUUUUCCAUGAAAAGAUUUUGGUGUAACGAGCUGUGGAAUAUUCUUUAAAGUUGCUGGAGGCGGAAUAUUUGCUGAGGUGUCGUCUGCAGUUGGUGUCAAAGAACAAAGAUUAGUGCAUGGACCUUGAUUGUUUAGUUAUUCAAAGAAGGAAAAAUAUUUUAGUUUGUGGAUACUUGGAAAUACGGAACACGAAAUAAAAAAUGUUGCAGUUAUCACUUGUCACAUAACUUGAUUUUUAUAUUAGAUCAUGGGACAGUGUAUAAGUGUGCCAGAAAAAAAAUUUUCCAUAAUGAGAGAAGGCUCAAGUAAGCGAUUUUACCGUUCUAAAAAUGGUAACUUAAGUGCCACAUUUCAUGUGUUGGAUUCAGACUUGAGAUGGGAUUUAUUAAAUAUCAAUACAGCCACUGAAGAACAGCUGAUGACCCUGCCUGGUAUCAACAGGGUCACAGCUGAAAAUAUUAUAGAGUAUCGACAACGGAUUGGUGGUUUCAAGAAAGUUGAAGAUUUAGCCUUAGUUUCUGGUGUUGGUGCUACUAAACUUGAACAGUUCAGAACAGAGAUUUGUGUUGGACGUCGAAAACCUAAUAAUGGUAGUUACAAUUCCUCUCUUACCCAAUCACUGGAGUCUCUGCAAGUCAAUGAUGUAGGUCCACGGACUUCACCAUCCAAACUUGUUAAUGUAAACACUGCAAAUGUCUUUCAGUUAAUGAGUGUGCCUCGUAUGACUCAAGAAAUGGCAGCAAACAUUAUGCACUAUAAGGAACGAAAAGGUCCUUUCAAGACUCUAUCAGAUUUAUCAAAAGUUAAAGGAUUACCUCCUGAUAGAUUAGCCAUUGUAAAAAUGUACCUAACUACAGAUUCUUCUGUAAAUAAUUCAUCAUCUGUACAGAGUAAAUCAUCUCAGAAUUGUGUAUAUGGUAGACGUCCUAUUGGACACCGUAGAACAAACUCUGCUCCUAGUGGAUUAUCCAAAUUGCGUUCCUGUGAUCCUAGUACAAAAGACUUCUAUGAACUAGUCUCUUCUCUUGUUACAAGACCUCCCGUAUCUGAAGUGUUGAAUUUAAGUUACUUAAAUAGACAAGUGUUACGUUUAGCAUCCUGGAAUUUGCAGGAUUUUGUUGUACAGAAAGCUAGAAAUCCUGGUGUUCAAGAAGUUAUAUGUAGGACUAUACUAGAAAAUUGUUUCAGUAUAAUUGCUGUGCAAGAAAUAGCAUCUCGAGAAGCUUUGUCAUUGAUUGCUUCUGAACUCAAUGAACCAAAGCUGUAUUCUGUACAAUCUUGGAAAGGCGAGCGUGGUAAAUGGCAUAGUUUAGUUCCUUCUCAUAGUAGUGGUGAUAAUAAUCAUCAAAAUCCUCUUAUGAAUGGAUUUCUUUAUGACACAAGCCGGGGUUUACAAUUACAAGAAUCUGCUGUUCUCUAUUUACCACCAGAGAAAUUAUCAGGCCUUACUGUAACUUGCCAACCUUUCUUUGGAUGUUUUAAAGUUAAAAACUUAGACUUUGUGGUCGUCAAUUUUAGCUUGGUGUCAGAGACAUGUGUUGCUAAAUUACUCCCUUCCAUAUUAGAUCAACUUAAAGAGAAAAUUCAAGGAAAGAAAAAUAUUUUUCUUGUAGGAGAUUUUAUACUACCGCCUGGUCACACAGGUAACAGUUCAGCUUUAUUUGAAGUACUGUGUAGUCAAGGCUAUUCAAAUCUGCUACCUGUAGAAAAUUCAACCGACAAUGAAAGUUGGCCAGAAGACAGUCAUAUAUGGUCUAGUUUAAAUGUUAGAAAAAUAUUUUCUGGCCGAAGUGGUGUUGUUACUGAUGGUCUCAGUCAUUUAGCUAUUCCUGAUGGUUGGAAGUGGGGUGGUGCAGUUAGUAAGCAUUUUCCUGUAUGGGCAGAGAUCUUCACUGAAGAAGAAUCAUCUAAUUCUAACGUUCCACCAUUACUAAAUGGCAUUAAGAAAUCGCCUCUUCUCAAUACAGAUACUGUGAGUGAAAAAAUAUCUGCAUUUGAUGAAUCGGAAAAAGGCAAAUAUAAAGGAUUUUGGGAACGGAGUUGGCCAUGGCGACAUCACAAACAUAACAUUAUUAGUGAGACAAAUAAUGCCCAUUACAAAAGAAAAUGGCAGCCUUUGAUUAUUUAAUUAAAUUUUCUGUGUUGGAUUUCUGAUCCUUUGUAUAUUUGAAUAAAUUAAUUAGGAUUUUAGUGUGCAUUCAGUGAAAUUAAAAAAUAAUCCAAAUUUGCAACUAAUUGUUACAAGCAAUCACAUAAUAAUUUUUUCUCAUAAAUGAUUUUUAUUAGAAAUCAAGUGCUAUAUAUAUGAAUAAGUACACACAUUUUCAAGAUCUUAUUUGUUGUAUAAAUUAUCUUUACUUAAAAUAUAUUACUAAAAUUUUAAACGUAAGUGACAAAAAUGGGAAAUAUCUUGUUUAUAAAGAUAUUUCAGAAUCUUUUGGUUGUUUUGUAAUUAACAAAAUUAUCUACUGUAAAAAGCAGAAAUAUUUUCAAAUGUGAAUAUACCUUUUGCUUUUUUGUUUUAAAAUAUCUUAUCUUGAAUACUCUGAUAUUCAUCAUUUAUUUGAGUUUUCUUUUGAAUAAUAAUAAAGCAGAUUAAUAUUUGCAUGGAACAGAUCCAUAUUAAGAUUUAAAAAAAGAAACAAAUGUUUUCAAUUUUUAACAUAAAAAAAUAUGCAAGUUUGCUCACAUUUGGAAGUGACUUACAGAAAUAAAAAAGGCCAUAAAUAUUUUUUCAUAUAUGGUGCUCAUUUUUUUUCAAAAUAAAUGAACAGAGAAGUGUCAUAAUUUCAUUUUGAUGAUUAACAAUAUACUUAGGACUAGUACUUAAUCUCAAAAAUUUUAGGUAAUACAUGCUUAAGAUACACAUUGGUUGUACGAAAAAAUUGUGAUGACUUUUAUUAGUUUAUUUCCGAAUUCCUGUUGUUGUUGUCUUUUAAUGGCAUUCCUUGGUUUGUUGAUAUAUAAUAAAUUUUAAUUUGCAUGUAAAUGUAUGUAUUGCCUCUAUAAAGGAGCCAUAUCAGAUUAUUUAUUUUUUUUAUGUGCGAUUCUUGAUGUAUAGUCCUGCUGAUAAAAAUUUUUAUUUUGUUUUUAUGUAGUUAUAUGUCAAUAUUUUGUCCAAAAUUUUUUUAUAU